GGGCUACCGCAGACGCGCGCAACUUGAUUCAGGAAGUUGCUACUCACCGCUAAACGUACCCGCUUGUUGGUGAAAAAGAGGCCGGUUUCAGGCAAAAAUGGCAACUGGCCCUGGAACUACUGGUGCAUCGGGAUUCGGAUGUGAUGAUAGUUUGUACCAACAAGUUUUGGCGUCCUUUCCACUAUGUGACACGACCGAAGAGGAUCUUAGACAGAAUCCUCAGCUCUGCAAACUCCUUGCUACUCUGGCACAGCAUGUGGAUAAAACAGGACUCACUACCCCUCUGAAAACAAAGCUGGAAAAGACGGAGCAGAAGCUACAGAGCCAGCGGCGUGUCUGGCUGCGCUCUGAGAGCCUCUACAGAUCACUGCAGGAGAUGAUCCAGGACUACAUUGAUCGGAAGCAUCGUUCAACUGCACCACCAGACCAAAAGAUGUUUUAUGACACAAUGGAAAGGUGCCUUCUUGUGGCCAUGUGUGCCAGACAGUUGGAUCCCAGCAACACCACCAAGCCGGAUCAGCCUUCUCUUCUAGGCUUGACCCCCCAGCAAGUGAUGGAGCUUAUGCCUUCAGAGACCAAUGUACAAAGAAUGAAGCAGAUGCUACCCACAGAGCUGGAGGAACAUCUAAAGAAAAAGUGUUUUAGCUACCUCUCCUACUAUCAACCUGAAUGGGAGAAUGACAGCGAAGGUCUGAAGAAAAGCAAGUUGUCUUAUCUGUCUGGCCAAAUGGACAAAGACAAGAAAAGGGCAGAGUGUUUUAAGGAAAGCUCCUACGAAAACGCAGUUCUCCUGCAAAGACAGACACAGUUGUGCCUUUCUGAGAUGACAAAGUGUGUGCAGCUCCUGCAGUCUCUCAUCUUGGAGCGUUGCUCGACGAUCCAGGCAGAUUUGAACAGGAAGAAGUUGGACUACUUUGAAGGAAAAUGUGAAUUAGUCUUGCAGAAGAUCAAGACCGAGAUGGCUGGGAUUCAGCUGGACACGUACACAGCAGAGUCCAUAUCUGCCCACAGAAAAAUAAGGAUAAACCUGCAGUCAGAGCUGCAAGCCUACCAGGCGGAGAAACAAUCUGUGGAGUUAAAACUUUCAUCCUUUCAGAUCUUGGGCAAGGAGUUUGACACCCUGGCGGAGGAGUACUGCAAAUUACGACAGGAGAUCGAAAUGAGAAACUGGGCUGUGAAGGAAUUUACCAAGGACAACAACAGUUGAUGAUCCUACAUGGAUUAAUUUAAUGCCAUUCACACAUUUUCUUGUGUACUAAAUAAUAAGAAUGGGUUGCCUUUACUUUUCGUUUAAUAAUACAAUGCAGGAGUAACCACCAAAAGACGUCAGGCGAUGUUAAAAUCAUUUUUCCAAUCUGUUAAGUUGUUUAGCUUCAAGGGUGAGUAAGACAACACAUGAGGGUGAGAAGAAAAUUCCACACAAUUCACCGACAAUUAGUUUAAGUGUAUAUACUGUAAUGUACAAUACUCUCCACAAGAGGGGAGCAUACGAACGAAGACCAAGGUCAGCCAUUGUCCAAUCCAAAAAAAGCAGUCUUGUAUUCAUUAGACCUGCGCCACAUGCAGUCGAUUGUAAAUUACAAUUAUUUGC